UCCUCCCUAAUCAGUACAGGAUAUACUAAAGCCCUCAGCUCGAUAUUGCAGAUCCAAUAUUACUUUCUUUAUUGAAAGAACAGUGAAAAACGUGUGCCGUCUAUCGAACAUCCGGUUAUUGCAAUUGAGAUAGAAUAUAACCUUUGACAAUGCAAUUUGGAUGCCAAUCGAUAUCCCAUGAGCUUCUAGCACUACCGGGGUUUUUACUAUCAUUGGUGCUCCCAAUAACGUUUUAUUCAGAUCAUAGUCCAAUCAAUCUGCCAGCUCUGGAAGAUGAUGACGGGAAAUGUGAAUUAAUCGGCACUUUUUCAUUGUUAACUCAAGCAUUUUUAGGACUUCUAUGUCUUUCUUCGUUGAUAGUGAAAAGAUUUUAUGAGUAUCCAUUGAGACGAUCCUGGUCUGUAUGGUCAUUUGAUGUUUCCAAACAAUUAAUUGGAGCAUUCGGUGUACAUAUUUUCAAUGUACUUCUUUCAAUUUUCAAGACACAAGAUUAUAAGGAUCCUGGUUUAAGUUUAAAUGGUGAUGAUUGCACUGGUAGCGACUGUAAUGAUGACUCCUCAGAAGAUCCAUGUGACUGGUAUUUUCUCAAUAUUGUGUUUGAUUGUACUAUUGGUGUUUACAUAUUAUAUCUUGUUUUCAAAUACGUCAACCGAUUAUGUAAAGAAUAUUUACAUUUCACUCAAAUAGAAUCUGGACAGUAUGGACCAGAUCCAAAAAAUCCUUCUUUCAGGGCUUUUUUGAAACAGUUAUCAAUUUAUUUCACUAGUUUAAUGAUUACAAAGUUCAUUCUUUAUGGUAUAGUCGAAUGUUUUGAAACCCAGCUAUUAUGGUUUACCGGACAUGUUCUCUUGGUCUGGCUUAAUGAAUAUCCAGACGAAUUUGAAAUUUUCAUUGUCAUGUUCGUUGUUCCAGUGGUGAUGAAUUGUUUACAACUUGUUUUGAUUGAUAAUUUCAUUCAAAACCAGAUAGUACACCGAACUAAUCUUCAGGCUCAUCAUUCAUCCAACUCAAUACCCCGUCUCAGUUUAGCAGAAGAAGAAAUAACUAGAUUACUCACUAAUUCUGAGUUAGAUCAAGGAAUCAAAGACCAUAGAACAUCAAAGAAACUGCAAUUAGAAAACGACCUUGAUAAGACUGGUAAUUCUAGUUUUGAUAAUGAUGACCCAAAGUUUCAAAAUUAUGGUUCACUUAAUGACGAUAAUGUAUAGUUUCUCCACGAU